UGUCGCCAUCGGACUUGUCUGCUAUACAUAGAGCAGCGACGCGCCCGUUUCACAUUUUCUGAAGACAGGAGCCGCCGACCAAUCGCACCACCACUGCUCUCUUUGUAGCAGCGCACCACCGCCAGCUCUUUGUGGCCCUUGUUUUGAGGAAUUCCAUAUAAGGUCUUCUUUGAGGUCACUUCACAUAAUAUAUCCAAACCUAUUCUUACGCCGUCCACAUCACAUACCGGCUACCAGCAACCACCGCAACCAUGACGCAGCUCGUCGCUAAGUACGCGAUGAAGAAGGUGAUGGGAAAGGAAAUGGAGAAGUACAGAUCCAAAGGCGUAGGAGGUCCAUAUGACCCAUACUACGACGAGAUCCCGCAUCCUACCAAGAAGGGCAAGACCAAGAAAGUCAAGAAGGAAAUCGCAUCCUACAUCCCGCCCCAAGAAGCCAAUGUCCUGGCAAAAGCCCGCAAGACAGCCUACCGCCUCGACUAUGCGCUCUUCACCUUCUUCGGCAUGCGCUUCGGCUGGUCCUCCGUCAUUGGCCUCGUCCCAGCCAUUGGUGACGCAGCCGAUGCCCUACUCGCACUCAACCUGAUUCUGCACAUGCGCAAGAUUGAAUGCGGCCUGCCCAACUCCGUCCUGCUCAUGAUGUUGGUCAACCUCGCUAUCGAUUUCAUCGUCGGCCUCGUUCCUUUCAUUGGCGAUCUCGCCGACGCUGCUGUCAAGUGCAAUGGCAAGAAUGUGCGUCUGCUGGAAGAACAUCUCGACAAGGUCUUCAAGCCUCAAGAGCAGAAGGCUCGCGAUUCACAGUUGCCCCGCGAGCGCCGUCCCCGUCCUGCGUCGGUGUAUGUCGACUUUGAUGAUGAGCUGGACGAGCGCCGCAAUAACUUUGCAGAUGAGCGCGAGGAUGUGCGCCCGCCGCAGCAAGCAUACUCUGGACGACGACCGCAGGACGAGGAGAUGGGUAUCCCGCGUCAGGAUACGCGACCCAGCCGUAACGGAACUAAGAGCAGUAGGAGGUGAUAGUCUUGUAUUGCGACUUGCCCGUCGCUUUCUUGUAGUCGUUGGCGUUAGCGUUGCAUUGAAUGCAAUUUUCUCUUGUUCAAAAGUAUGGCAUGUCAGGAUGCAAUCAAUACCCUUUUCAUUGCUUUAUCGUACCUAGCUCUUGUAAUCCAAUAAUCUUGCUUCACA